AUGGCCAACACCAUCUAUCUCAUCACUGGCGCUAGCCGCGGAAUUGGUCGUGGUCUAGUCGAGAAACUCCUCGCUCGCCCCAACACCACCGUCAUCGCGGCCGUCCGCGACCCCGCCGGCGCCUCAUCCCAGUCUCUAGAAUCCCUCUCUAAGGACAACUCCUCUCGCCUGUAUGUCGUGAAAAUCGAUUCCAAGUCUUCCACCGACCCAACUGCUGCAGUCGAGACCCUCCAGACAGAACACGGCCUCGACCACAUCGACGUGGUGAUUGCCAACGCCGGUAUCUGCAAUGACUUGGCGCCCAUUCACGAGGUCUCCAUCCCCGAGAUACGCGAGCAUGUCGACGUCAAUGUCUACGGGCCCAUCUACCUCUUCCAAGCGGUCUACCCGCUGCUCAAGAAGAGCGCGAAGCCCACCUUCGUAGGAAUCGGUAGUCCGCUAGGCAGCAUCGCCGGCAUGGAGCAGCGCCCGUACCCAUGUACCGCGUACGGCGCCAGCAAGGCUAUGCUGCACUGGAUUGUGCGCAAGGUUCACUUCGAGAAUGAGGACUUUGUGAGCUUCGUUGCUGAUCCUGGAUUCGUCCAAACUGACAUGGGAAAUACCGGCGCCCGGCUCUUCGGGCUCGAGAAGGCAUACCAGACGAUUGAAGAGAGCGUUGACGGUAUCGUGAAGACUAUUGAUGAGGGGACGAGGGAGUCGGUUGGUGCGCAGCUGCGCGUGUGGGAUGGAAGCCAGUUCCCAUGGUGA